GUGUGUGAAGAGGCAUGUGUCCUUGGGAUGCAGAGAUUUAUACCUUUUUUUUGAGAUUGUUAUAUAUUUUUGUAUCAGGUUGAACCCUUUUUUUUUAAACUUUCUCUCGGGGAAACCCCUCGGGAAUAAGGGAAGGAUUUUUCCCAGCGUACACAAAGAUAAGAAUUCCAGUCUUCGAGUCCCAAGGCUGAGAGAUCAUGACAAGUGAUUCCAGGAGAAGUAAAGGAGAAGAAGAAGCGAUUUCUGUUGUGGAGUUUUGUUUCUAGGCGUAUUUGGUCGUGGUUGACAUUUUCUCGGACACUCUUACGCUGAGAUUUAAAAUGAGCGUGCAGGUAUUUAGGGCUUCAAUGUCUUGCACGAGGACACCUACACGGGGCGCCCGGGUGUUGAUGGGCACGAGCUGCAAACCAGCGACCUUUUAGUCGUAGCACAUCUAAAAGAAGACUCAGCCAUCCUGAGCCCACUAAAACAACCUGUAUCCCAUUUAUAGUAAGGAACUGGACGUUUGACCUCGCGCGCAUCCAUUUAACAACUUUUCCCGGUGAAUGGAUUUAAUUUGGUGAAAACCGUGAAACCUAUACACGUUUCUUACUAUGCCUUUCAUCUUUACGUGCAUUCCGGCAGCAUACACGGUGGAUUAGUGUUAAUUUUUCACACGUUUCUAUUCAAAUUUUAGACCUUCCAUACACUUUAAAGAGUUGUAGCCUAAAUCUCGUCGGCUCUCAUGGGACUGAGGCAUUCGUCGCGUUGUUUGCUGCUACGGCGGAAGAUGGCGGAGGCGGACAGCUCGGAGCCUGUCACAUCCCCACUCUCUCAGUCUGCCCAGCCCUCCCCACUGCCUAAACCAGUGCCUACCCACCAUGUGCCAUUCGUCCCCCAUACGCCUCAUGUAGCAGCCCUGGCCACCUGUCCCGGUCGAGGAAAGAUUGCCAAGUUCAUCAGCCCGGAGGAAAUGACAUCACGGGACUAUUACUUUGACUCUUAUGCUCACUUUGGCAUCCAUGAGGAGAUGCUAAAAGACGAGGUGCGGACGCUGACCUACCGGAACGCCAUGUACCACAACAAGCAUGUUUUCAAAGAUAAAAUCGUCCUGGAUGUUGGAAGUGGCACAGGGAUCCUCUGUAUGUUUGCUGCCAAUGCCGGCGCCAAACACGUGUAUGGGAUUGAAUGUUCGAGCAUUUCCGAAUAUUCCGAGAAGAUUAUCAAGUCAAAUCACCUACACAAUGUCAUUACCAUCUUCAAAGGCAAGGUGGAGGAGGUGGAGCUGCCUGUGGAGAAAGUGGACAUCAUAAUCUCAGAGUGGAUGGGCUAUUGCCUGUUCUACGAGUCCAUGCUCAACACUGUCAUCUUCGCCAGGGACAAAUGGCUGAAACCUGGAGGCCUGAUGUUCCCUGACAGAGCAACUCUCUAUGUGGUGGCCAUCGAAGACCGGCAGUACAAGGACUUUAAGAUUCAUUGGUGGGAAAACGUCUACGGAUUUGACAUGAGCUGCAUUCGCAAUGUGGCCAUCAAAGAACCUCUGGUGGAUGUGGUAGAUCCCAAGCAGGUGGUGACUACCGCCUGCCUCCUAAAGGAAGUGGACAUCUACACUGUGAAGCCAGAGGAUCUGUCCUUCACCUCAGCCUUCUGUCUGCAGAUCCAGCGCAACGAUUACGUCCAUGCUCUGGUCACCUAUUUUAACAUCGAGUUCACCAAGUGUCACAAGAAGACUGGCUUCUCCACUGCUCCAGAGGCUGCCAGCACACACUGGAAGCAGACAGUGUUUUACUUGGAGGACUACUUGACUGUCAAGAAGGGGGAGGAGAUCUUUGGCAGUGUCGCUGUCAGGCCCAACGAGAAGAAUGUGCGUGACCUGGAGUUCACCCUGGAGCUAGACUUUAAAGGACAACUAUGUGAGGCCGCCAUUUCCCACGACUAUAAAAUGCGUUAGCAACGACAACACCCUUCCAACUACAGUACCCUCAGCCCCUCUCCACACAGUCGGAGAGGGGGAUGGCACCAGCUGUCCAACAAGCAUUCCAGUUGGCCAGCGAGGGCGACCAGAUGAUUCUAGUUGGAUGACAUCAUGUCAGCACCUAAUG